AAAUUCCUACAUUGUGCAAGUGGAUCGAGGAGGCUCAGCUCAGCCAGCCCAAGAGCUGUGACCAGACCUUCAGCAUCAUGCACGAGCUGGUGAUACAUGUCACCAUGGAGCAUGUAGACAGCCUGGAGCAGAACAACUACAUCUGCUACUGGGAAGAGUGCCUUCGUGAGGGCAAGUCCUUCAAGGUGAACUACAAACUGGCCAACCACAUUCAAGUGCACAAGGGCCAGAAGCCCUUUCCAUACCCCUUCCUGGGCUGUGGGAAGAUCUUUGCCUGCUCCAAAAACCACAAAGUCCACAAGAGGAUCCAUAGAGGGGAGAAGCCUUUCAAAUAUGAAUUUGAAGGCUAUAACAGACACUUUGCCAACAGCAGUGACCACAAGAAGCACACACAUGUGCACACCUUGGACAAGCCUUUCAUCUGCAAAGUGUGCAACAAGUUGCACCCAAGCUCCCUGCACAAGUGCAUGAAGGCUUAUGAAUCUCAAGGGUCAGAUUCCUCUUCUGCUGCCAGUUCAGGCUAUGAAUCUGAAUCCUCUACUCCACCCACUGUAGCUUCUGCAAACAGCAAAGAUACCACUAAAACCCCAUCUGCAGUUCAAACUAGCACCAGCCACAACUCUGGACUUCCUCCCAAUUUUAACAAAUGGUAUGUCUGA